UAAGGUAAUUACCUUGUCCAGAUGCUCAGAGAGAUGGAUGUUCCCUCGGCCCAUGCUUGUGAUUCGGGAAUGCUUAUUGCAGUGCUUUCACAAGGAUGGUCAGCAGUGCCUCGUUCAGAGCACACCUCGUGUGUGUUGCAGGUAGUAGUGGCAGCCUGGCUCCUUGCUGAUGAUGGCACGAUGCUCCAUCAAACAGCCGCAGAGCUGCUGGAAGGUCUCUGGGCAUAUUCAGCACAGCACAUCCAUACAUAUGAGGCAAUGGGGUGUCCUUGCUUGCGAAGCACUGAGUCUCGUCUACGUGUUCUUGGCAGCAGCAGCAGCACCUGGACAGGUACUCCUUAUGUAUUUGUUAAGCCGGAUGCAGUCUGCGGCAGUGGGCCGUGCUCGCCUGCGUGUGUGUGCUAGGUGAUGGAGCAGCAGUGAUGCUGUUCCUGCAGGGAAGUAAGCCAAGGGAGGAUGCAGCAUCUGUUGGUGUUCUUCAGUGCUCCCUGUGCUGCUGAGACACUUCAGUCAGAUUCUGGCUUCUGACCGCUACCUGAAUCACCCACGUGUUCACAGUUAAAGGCUUUAUCAGUUGGUGUCACUGAUGUGCUGCUAUUAGUUUAUCCUAAGGUUUGAGCAAAGCACAAAAGUGAUAAUAUAUUGCCAUCUGCUAGCAACGUGAAGCUGAUGUUUCGCAGGCUACCUGGCAGCUAUGUGAAGCCAGAUCCAUCUUCAGAUACCAAACGCAAGUCAUCAGAGGUGACCAAAAUUCAGCCAGACUGAUUGGGGUUGAAAGCAACGUUCUAGGGGUCAGCAAAGGAUGAGACCCCAGCAGAGGGUGCUGGUGGCCUGGCCUGCCAGAAUUAAUGCUCUGUUGCGGUUUUGGGAGCUAGGGGAGGAAGCCAGCGCUCCUUGGGUCUGUGUAUAGCAGGAGGAAAGGCUGCAUUUGGUUGGAUGAGCACAGAGGCUUUCAGCAGUGAGGUGAAGCUCCUUUCCCGCUCACAGCAUUUUGGAGCGACAGUCAGAACUUGGUCUGUUUUUUUUUUCUUUCCAAUCAUGGGAGCCUUUUAAGAAAGGUCACUGGUCCCCGGGAAGGAAUUAUCUGGUGGGAAAUGGGUGGUGAGUUUCCCAGGAACCGAGGGUUUUUUGAAGCACUACACUGCUCCCUGUGCCAGCUGAGAUGUUGCCCGGCUUUUCCUUCCUCCCCAAAUUGCAUGCAUUGUGUUGUUCAUCUUUCUCCCCAUUCUAGCAAAGAGAAUCUCUGUGUUUAAAAUACUUCUCGCUUUGGAGCUAAGGUGAGGCAAGGAAAGCUCUCUCCAUCCCCGCUGUAUAGAAUCAGGUGUAGGAGAGCUUUGACUGAUGCCCGGCUGGUGUUUGCCACAACGCGCAGCACCUACCAGCGAGCGGAGCUCUGAGUCUUCACUGCUGGGAGGGCUUUUGGGGACAAAUCCCAGUAAAGCGUCGCUUGAUGCUUUGGGAUGAGGGAGAGGAGGGCUGGUGGGUUUUAUUUCCGACCCCAAACGAGCCGAGGGAGGGGGAGGAGGACGGAGGUGGUUUCUCUCCCGCAGCGCCGGGGAGGGACGAGCAGCCUGGAAGCCUGCAUUAAGGGCAGGCGGGGAUCCAAACAUUCGGCUCCCGGGUACCGAUUUCAGUCCGCGGCCCCUAAAAAGGCUGUCCUGCUAGUGGGGAGGGUCUGCCAUGGACAGCGGGCACAUGGGCAGAUACCGGCUGAGCGCCACCGCCAGCCCCCCGCGCUGGGAGAUCGGCAUCUACGCGGCAGGAGCGCUGGCGCUGCUGGGCAUCGCAGCUGUCAACCUGUGGAAGCUCUGGCGUUCCGGCAGCUACCCUGCGCCUUCCCCGUUCCCCAACUAUGACUACCGCUACCUGGAGCAGAAGUACGGGGCGGCGUAUUCAGACAUCAAGCACAAGCGUGGGGCAGCGCUGGGCUCAAAGCCGUUGCCCAGCCGCAAAGCCAGCCUGAGAGGCACCAACACCUGCGAGAGCAUCAAUGAGCUGGGCAGCCUGGAGCUGAUGAGCAGGGACCUAGGGCUGGCCCCCUAUGGCCCCCUGAAGAAAUCCGUCUCAGCUGACUCGCUCAACUCCGUCUCAUCCAUCGGGAACAACUUUGGGCAGGAUUUCACCGUGGGGCAGGUGGAGGUGUCCAUGGAGUACGAUGGAAAGGCAGCCGCCCUGCACGUCACCCUACUGCAGGGCAAGGAUCUGCUGGAGAAGGAGGAUGCCCGCUUUGAAUCUUGCUUCAUGCGCAUCAGCCUGCUGCCAGCCGAGCAGAUUGUUGGCAUCUCCCGGAUCCAGCGCGGUGCCUACGCCGUGGCCUUCGAUGAGCGCUUCUCCAUCCCAUUGGACCCUGUGGCACUGGAGGAGGACAGCCUGCGCUUCUCUGUCUUCGGUAUCGACGAGGAUGAGAGGAACAUCAGCACCGGUGUGGCGGAGCUCAAGCUCUCUGACCUGGACCUGACUGUGCGUCCCUUCAAUGCUUGGCUCUAUCUGCAGGACACGAACAAGGCAGUCGACACAGUGGGGGAGAUCCUGCUCUCCCUCAGCUACCUGCCCACAGCUGAGCGGCUGACGGUGGUGGUGGUCAAAGCCAAGAACCUCAUCUGGAGUAAUGGCAAGGGGACUGCAGAUCCCUUUGUCAAAGUCUACCUGCUGCAGGAUGGGAGGAAGAUCAGCAAGAAGAAGACGGUGGUGAAGAGGGACGACACCAACCCUGUGUUCAACGAGGCCAUGAUCUUCUCAGUGCCGGCCAUUGUGCUCCAGGACCUGUCCCUGCGGGUGACGGUGGCUGAGAGUGGCGAGGAUGGCCGUGCUGACAACACGGGCCACGUCCUGAUCGGCCCAGCAGCCAGUGGCAUGGGCAUCACCCACUGGAACCAGAUGCUGGCCACGCUGAGGAAGCCUGUGUCCAUGUGGCACCCGCUGCGGAGGAAUUAGGCUGCUGGCGGGGGCACCCUGCACACCUUGGGACCCUGUGCACCAAUGCCAGCUCUGCCCUGGCCACAGUGGCCAAGUGCCACUGUCUGGAGGUGAAAAGUCAGAGAUGGCCAGAGCAUCCCGCUACCAAAAGCCUCCACUGGGAGGAGGAGGAUGGAGAAAAUCCUGUCCGCACCUCUCCUCAUCCGCAUGCGCUGGGGGCUGCUGAGGGACCUGCCGAAGAUGGACCAAAACCAGCAAAAUCCUCCUCAAACUGCUGUCUGGGUGCCAGCCACAAGCUCCUCAGCAUCCUGCAUGCCCUCUGCUGGGCCCCCAAAACCAACGGUGACCCCAGAUGUGGCCUCUGAGGGCUUCUGAGGGGACAUGGGAUUCUUUGGAAGGAUUUUUGGCAAGCGGAAACAGAGGGGUGAUAAAGUGUUGGCAUGGUGCAGUUUCUCUCAGCAUGUGUGGUCUUUCUGUUGGGUUUCAGAGGGGUUUCAGUGUACUGCACCAGGGCUGAAACCCUCCAAAUUCCAAUGAAAAAGGGAAAAAUAAUAGUAGAAAAAAAAGUUGUUGUUAUAUAUCUCUUUUUUUCUUCCGUCAUUUUUCUAGCAGUGUCAGUUUCUGCUUUCCUACUGGCUGCCAAGGGGUGUCUGUCCCCAAAUGUCAUGGGUUUGAGGACAGGUCCAGGCUGAAUCAUCCCCUAAAGGCUAAAUGUGGUCACCCCAAACCCUUUUCCCAGCUUAAUUAACCCCGUGGAUUCCCUAGUAGCAGAGCAGUUCUACAGAAAUAGGAAACACCCCCCAAAUUUUGUAUUUUUAAGCUUCACAGGGAAAGGAGAGGAAAAGCUCUUUAGAUGCCGUCUGCUCAUGGGCUCCCAGCCCAAACAAGGUCUUCUGGGUAAGAUCUGCUGCUCUGGGGAACCAGUUCCCCCUGUUUUCCGGAGGUGAACAGAU